AUGUUUUUGUCAAGCAUCAAAGGGCUUACCGUACGUACACAGAUUCGACACCGACUCUACAUAAUCCACCAACUUAUUGACUCACCACUUCAUCCUCGCUUCCGCAACCGACUGCUGGACAUCGCAGCUCACUUGGAGCGCGGUAACGUCACGUUACCAAUACUGGAAGCGCUACCGCGAGCCGUUGGAGUGGAAAAUACAAAAGCUACCGAAAUCACACUUGAAAAAGUAGAGGUGCGUGUGGAUACGUUAAAAGAGGGCCUCUAUGCCGCCUAUCUAGCCGAUCUUCUGGUUAGGUGA